AUGAUUGCCAAAGACUUUGCUGUGGUUUGGCUUGUUUUGCUGCUUAUCAUCUUCUCAGUAUUCUCCAUAUACUGGGGCUCUCUCUACAACCGUCGCAGCCACAUGAAAAACCUCACUUUGUUGCUUGUUGAUAACGAUCUGCAGGUCGCUUCUCUCCCUCCAUUGUUAGGAAACCUAACUCGAUCUUUGACUCAAACUGAAAACUUUCGCUCCAUCGGAAAAUGGCACAUCUACAACCAUCUCCAAUUUGCCCAAAAAUACAGCAUCUCUUCUUCUGAUUCCACUGCUAUUGAAUCAAAAAUCAAUUCUUUGGUCCACCACAGAAAAUUCUGGGCUGCUGUUUAUAUCCCAGCAAAUGCCACCUUUUCAAUCUACCACGCUUUCAAAAACCCAAACACAACUGCCAACUUCAACCCAAAUGAUAUCUCAGCUCCUCUAUUCCAAAUAAUAUAUGAAUCUGCAAGAGAUCCCAAUGCAAUGUCCUCGCUAAUUGUCCCAGCCUUGAAACUCUUUGGAAACGCUCUAUCCAGCAAAAUUUACUCGGCGGUUUAUACCCCAAUCAUAUCUCAGUUUCUAACCUCAAAUGAAAAAAUCUCUCUCAUAAACAAUGCUCCCCAAUUACUAUCAAACAUCCCAUUGCCAACUUAUAUCGACAAUUUGCCCUUCACAAACCCAGUCAUGAUCGCUCCUUUGCAAGUCGGUUUAAUCUUUGUUGUCAUCUUAACCUUUUUCCAGGUUCUCUUUUUCAUGAGAACCCACGUCUAUGCUGCCAGAAGAAUGAGACAAAAUCUCUUUCCAAAAUACAUCCUCUACAGAAUACUAUCGGCCCAAUUGACCUACUUGUUUCUUUCCCUAGCCUAUUGUGCAGUCUCUGCUGCCUUUCAAAUACCAAUGACAAAGGCCUUUGGAAACGCUGGCUUUGUCAUCUACUGGAUGCUAACAUACCUAACAAUGGCUGCCGUUGGUGGUGCAAAUGAAAAUGCUGCCUGUUUUUUCAUUCCUCUUUUCCCUCCCAUGGUAGGCUUCUGGGUCUUGCUUUGGGUAAUCAUCAACGUAGCACCUGCCUUCUCCCCCAUCGUUUUAUGUCCUGCUAUCUUCAAAUACGGCUAUGCAUUUCCAGUUUACAACUCGGCUGAAUUAACUAAAGUAAUAUUCUUAAACACCUGGAAGGGCGAAAUGGCUAAAAAUAUCGGCGUCUUAGUAGCCUGGAUCGUCGUCAACAAUCUUUUCUUCCCAUUUGCUUUGAAAUGGUUUGGCUAUAGAAUUACCAAAAUUGGUGCAUCUGUCAAAAAUCAUUUAUAA